AUGAAAAUUAUGUUAAAAAAUUAUUUUCAACAAACACAAGAUAUUAGACUUUCUCCAAAUAAUAAAUGCAAUCAUUAUGCAUUUCUUCCUAUUAUAGAUGUGGUAAAGAAUUCUCUUGUCAAUCACGCAGUAAAAUAUUUCAUUGAUAUCUUUAGAGUUAAAUUGACUUGAUAAACAAUAUUUAUCAUAUGAUAAAUUAUUCAUUCUUAUUUACAAUUAAUGAGACAAAGAAUGAAAUAUUUUCUUCUUUAUUUGAAUUCAUAUAUACAUAGGAAUGUUCUAACUGUGAUUCUAAAAUAUUAAAAAAUGGUGGAUGCAAUUUUACGACUUGGAAGAAAUGUAAAUAAGUGUUUAUUUCUUUUUCUAUUUUUAAUAUUUUAAUUGAUAUUAUUUUUUUAGUUUUGAAUUUUCGAUUUUUCGGAAAUAUUUACGAAUUAUUUAUUAAUUUUAAUGUUUCAUAAGAACAAAAAUUUUUAAUUUGA